UAUAUGUAUUAUUUGCGGACGUGUACUCGCAGCCAAAUCGUAACGCUCGCGCAACCUUGCGUUACGUCACGUUUCGAAAACAAACAGGUUUCAUGCCGUUGUAAGUACGUGCGUGCACGGCAUGAACUUAACCUCCUCCAUUCCCCACGAUAUAUGAAUGUUUAAUUUAAAGAACGAAGGAGUGACACAUGUCAACAUGUUAUUGUGCUGAUUCGAUUGAGAGAUACGUUGCGUUUACUCGCGAGGAUGUUCGUCGACUCGUCAUCAAGUUUUGCAGCACGAACUUGAUAAUCUAUUUCGAGUCGUACGCAAUGCGUUAAUCGUUUAUUUAUAACGCUCCGCCUCUUUUCGAGCGAUCGUUUACGAAAUCUUUACUCUCGUCAUUGUCACAUUACCGCAAAAUGUGUUGAACUGUGGUGUUCAUUUUCUUUUUCAUCUUUUUUUUUUUUAAUUUUGUAUUUAUACGAAUUAUGGACGAAGUUUGGUUCCAUUUCUCGAAUCAACUCGAAACGCUACAGGUUCAAGCAUCUGUAAUUACUCAACAAGGACAACAGUGGUGCAUGACAUGGCUGGCUCAAUUGCGUCAGUUGAUUCUGCAGCUUUGCGAGGAUCAACAUGCACAACACGCCAAGGACAUUGUGCUGGGCAUGGCCGCUUCUGUACAAAACACCUGGCAAGAGAUUCAAUUCCAAUAUUACAAUGUACAUUGGAAUACAUUAGACUUCUAUCGCCAAUUAGGAACAUUGUACAUUAACAAAGUUUCAAGGAGAGAAGCAAUGUUUUGCUUGACAGGUGUGAUGUUUGGAACCUUAAUAGGUUAUUACAUUGGUGUAAAUCGAAAGUUUAUUUCUCAUAACAUUCAUCACAUGAAGGCAAUUACUUGCCACCAUUAUUAUGGUAUUGAGGGUGUAUUGAUGGUGGAGGAUGCCGAAAUGCCAAGAAUAAGAAAGUCGAACGAAGUCCUGAUACAAGUUAAAGCCGCUUCGCUUAACGUUAUCGACACGAAAAUAUGUUCCGGUUACUCGAGGAUUUAUAGAAAAUUACUUAACUCGGGAAGACAGAGAGAACUACCUGUGACAUUAGGGAGGGAUUGUGCAGGAAUAAUAGUCGACACCGGACAGAAAGUCGCUAAUUUCGAUAUAGGUGACGAGGUGUUCCUAGCUGUUCCGUCGUGGGCCCCCGGCACGAUGGCGGAAUACAUAGUUGUUUCCGAAACGCAAGUAGCAAAACGGCCUAAGUCCUGUAACUUCGAAGCCUGCGCCAGUCUGCCGUACAACGGCUGCUUGGCGUGGGACGCUUUAGUCAAUAGAUCAGUUAUUAAGGAAGGCAAUGCCAAAGGAAAACGAGCUCUCGUUUACGGCGGAAGCACUCCAAUCGGUUGUAUUUUGACGCAGCUGAUCAAAUUGUGGGGUGGAUACGUAGUAACCGCGUGCAGAGCGGAAGCGAUACCCGUGAUGAGGGCGUUAGGCGCCGAUGAAGUUAUAAUAAUAAACGAAAUAGAUAUAGAAAAGGAAUUACAGUUGCACGAUAGAUUUGAUGCGAUUUUUUAUACCGAUAAUCAACCCUUUCAAGAACAUAUUUUUACGAAAUAUUUGGUGCCCCACGGUUCUUACGUAUCUACCGUUCCCGAACAGUUGACCUCAGACUCGCUGGGAUUUAUUUGCGGAAGUAUAUUCGCUGGAUGUGUUAGAAUAAAAUUACUGGUUCAGUAUAUGUUUGGAUUUAACAUGCAUCAGUGGAAUGAAGGUGCGAAAUUGGACGUCGCGUAUCUGCGCGCUCUGAGCGAGCUAACCGACGCGUAUCAAUUGCAAACGGUCGUAGACAGAGUGUACGCGCCGUACAACAUCGAACGUGCUCUGGUGCAUGUUCUAGAUCCGAAUUCGAUCGGUAGUACGAUUAUAACGUUUCAGUGACGCUUUAUCUAAUCUUUAAUUCAGUUUAUCCUUUAUACAACUCUACAUUUCUUGUACAUAAAAAUAGUCUGUAAACUUGCGUUCGCGUGCAUUUGAUAAAUGUAAUCACUGCCGCAUAUGAUUGUUGAAUGAAUUUACGUCAUAACAAAUUGGAAAACAGUCAAAAGAUAUAUUUGAUGCUGAAAUAAAGACUGAGAACGAAACUACUACGUUUGCCAACAAUGAAAUCGAGCACAAAAGUUCGUUCUUUUCUAAAUUUCUGCAAAGUUGCGUUAAAUAAGAGAAAAAGAUAUGUGUAACAAAUAUAAAAUAAAUAUAAAUCCUAAUCCAAAAGUAUUAAUAUUGU